GUUUCUUUUCCCCUCGAGAUCAGCAAAAACGGUCUUUAUCUUUUGUCCGUUUGCUGUUGCAAAAAUGUCGUAUUUGUUUCACCAGCGAGAAAACGGCAAAUGGCCCGGCACGGCGACUGAUAGUAUCCUAUGCGCAUUAUUGAAGUUCGAUUUUUCAUAGCACAGAUUGUUUCACGCGGCUAGGCACUGAAAAAAAAAGACAAAGAAUUAAUUCCGCAGAUAAUUUUGAACCGGGUGGUGGAUUGCGUGUUAGAACUUCUACAGGAAGAUCUUCUACUUCUUUCUUCUUCUACUUAGUCGUGAAUCGUAUCCGCUACAUUUUAGAGACUGUUAUAGAAAAUUUCGAUCAAAAUCAAGAAUGCCUACCCCGACGACCGAGCAGUAGUUUCUCUUGCGACAAGAAUAGUCUGCUCCACCUACGCUCGUUGUUUGGAGGCAAUAAACUGGAACUUACACGUGCGCCUGAAAGAAAAGAAGAAGAUCGACUGCGGCACGCGUUAUUUCUGCCUGGAGCAGCAAGUUAGUCUAUCUCUGAGCGCCGAUCGCUUGAGAAGAUAGAAAUCAACACCACCGGUGGAAGUUCUGGUACAACAGCAGUGGCCUUGACCCAACGAACUAUCAGCACAAUGGGCUGGGGCAAGCCGGGCAAGGGAAACAACAAGAAGGACAACAAAACCGGCGGGCAUCAAAAUCAAUAUGGUGGAGCCGGCGCCUCCUCGUCCUCUAGUUCCGCCUGGAACAACAAUGGAGCUGGUAACAAGGUCGGCGGCAAGGCCGACAGCAAGAAGCAGAACAAAAACGGAUCUUCUUCGCCCGAGGAUGCGGUGGACGUGCGACAGAUAACGGAACAAAUGACGAAUCUCCAGCUGGAUCUACUUCCGGAACAUGAAAAGUACUGUUUCUAUCUAAGUGUACGUCUUUUUGGACGAGUUACUGACUUCCACGUGGAACUAGAUUGGGUUUGAACUUCUGCACAGUGACAGUUUGUGAUGCGGCUUUUCGAAAAGAAACGAAAAGCUACCCCUGUUUCUCAUGCAGAGUUCGCAGUGACGGACCACAAUUCUAGAAAAUUUUCUCACCUACAGGUGGAUGGCCGGUAUGAGCGAGCAGGAAAUUGAGGCGGAACGGGAGAAGCAGCAGCGGAGAGAAAAAAAGGCUCAGCAAGCGGUGCAGAACCAGAAAAAGAAGGAAGAAAAACAGCGCCAGAAGGACCAGGAGGCAAGGCGAAACAUGCGGCACUACGAUACGCUGUUGUACGGCAAGGCUAGCUACGAUCCGGAUGACGAUUACGACGGCAACUAUUACGCUGACCACUACGGCACCAGCUCUUCGUCCGGCGCGAAGAAGAAGAAGGCGGUUGCCAUAUCAAAAUGAAAAAUCCCCCCACCCCAUACUCAAACUACAAAUUUGUGAUGCAGAUUUGUGGCCACAAAUCAGCUUUGUCAUGCGAGAAGAGAAAAGAUGCGGACUGUAGUGCUGGUUGGCGUGGGAAAGCCUUGCAUCUUCAGCAUGACAGGGGGCAGCUGGAAGCGGGAAACAGCAUGACAAAUUGCCUGCAAACGAGGUCACAGCUGCGUCUCUUGGCCUUCUAGCAUUACAAGUUGACAAGUUUCGUUUUCGAUGUGGGGAGGGGGGAUUUUUCCUUGUGAUAUGCCAACGAGUGGAGCCUGCAGGACUACGAGCAGGAGUGGGCGCACAUCCUGGAUCAGGAGGCGUUGAAGAAAAAGGGGCAGUACCUAUCACAGUGAAAAAUGCCCCCACCCCCUCCAAAGUUGCAAUAAUUUGUAAUGCGAAGCUUCCAAAUGAAAACUUUUGCUCAUGCAUGAAAGGAAUAUGAAUCUUUGUGAUGCAGAGUCUAGGCAUAUAUAGCAUUGCUUGCAUGACAAGCGCCGCCCUUGCUGGGAUCUUUUGCAAUACAAAUUUUCGCUAUUCACGAUUCCAAAUCUGUGAUGCUGCUAGAUGCAAGCGGGCGAGUGUUUCUCUUGGAAAGGUUUGCAAUACAAAUGCUCCCAAGUUCGGUGGUGGGGGCAUUUUUCAGUGUUACAGUACCAGAUUGACCGGACGAAGCGGAUGUUUGUGGAGAUCAAGUACAACAACUGCGAGGAAAACCCUCCAGAUGUCGACGGGCCGAUUGACAUCGAGCGCGUCGUAUGCAUUGUAAAUAUAUCUGGGUUUGGAAGAAUGCAUGUUUGUCAUGCUUGUCUGGCAUGACUCUUACAUCUGUCAUGCACGUUACCCAAGAGCCCGAUUUUUCAGUCAUGCAGAAACGCAGUUUGUCAUGCAGAAUAGGCAACACCUAGAACAAGCGCAAAAACUUGUCAUGCUGAGCCAGCACUUGUGGCUUCCUCAUGAUACGCCACCCAGCAUCACAAGUUUCCAGACCCAGACACAUUUGCAUUUGAUACAUCGCCUUCCACUGCCGGUUGUGCCGGAACGCGAAGAAGAAGUACCCGCUGUUCGACAAGGAGCACGAAAACUCCUCCUCGCACCAGAAGGCGGUGCUGGAUCGGCAGGAGUCUAUGGACGUGUUGGAGCACGUAUGCAUUGCAAAUAUGUCUGAGUCUGGAGCAAUGAUAAACUUGUGAUGCUAAUACAUGGAUGACAAGCCGACCCGACUAGGUAGCUAUGCAUGACAAACUUCAUCUGAGGGGUUCUGUAGUGCGUAAGAACCCGCAUCACAUAUAGCGUUUUGCCUGACAAUAAGACAGCGCUAUUGCAAAACAUGCAUCACAAAGUUCAGGGGUAUGCGGAUUCAGCAUUACAAAUCUGAAAAUCUUCUAGACCCCGACAUUUUUGCAAUGCAUAGCGCGUUCUGGUGGGCGACUCCGACUUCCGCUGCCUGGAGCCCAGGGAGGGCGCGCCGUACUUGGUCGGGGUGCUGCACUUCGACCAGGUUUACAGCUGGUAUGUUGAAACGAGUUGCACUUUUGCAGUUGUAGUUGUGCUAGCUGAGAAAGUUGCGGGAGCGGUUUAGUGUCAUUUGCAUAUGAGCCAGAAACGGCCAAAUCGUCGAAUAGCAGUAGUCCGCUAGUGAUGUGGAAUGUAGUUUAGGACGUUGAGUUCGUUGUCAUUCUUUGUUUCGUUCCAAACCCACCACAGGGCCAACGUGCUGCACAUUUCCUGCCUUCUCUGUGGGAGUCAGCACGACGAACCGAUCACGAAAAAGAUGCUGCUAUCCUAAGUGAGAGUUUACCCACUUCAUAUUUGGCAUGUAUAUCUGUAUGCUCAGGCUCAGUAGAGUGGGUUUCUCAUGCGCAGCCCCAUGAAGAGGGUCGCCUCGCCGGGUUUCGAAACUUGUCAUGCUCUACUCACGAGCAACGUGCUUUAAGAAGUACUGAUAGCGAAAUUCCCAUCUGGAUCAUGUUGAGAGACGAGUGAAUAGCUGGGUGUGUUUUUCCAUAGGAUAGCAGGAGAAGCAGCCGUUUGUCUGGGAAGCGCACGAGGGGACGAAAAACCACAAGAAGAAGGUGUGGGCUGUAUCCACAGGGAAUUUACAACGUACAAAUGACGACCAUGCAUGACGAGAGACUUCUCUCAAUCCCAUUUCGCAUCACAAGUUUCAUGGAUAAGCGCUUGCUCAGUAUAUUUGUCAUGCAUUUUCUGCAUGGAGAAGUACAAGUACGGAGGUGAAUUUGUGUUGCAUAGGCCUACGACCCAACCUACUGGAAGGACUACGAGAGCGAGAGGAGAAGUGUCGACAAACUGAGACAGCUAUCAAGUACAUGCGAAAAAGUGAGGAUAGAUUCUUUUGUGACAAACGGAUUUUGUAAAAGAGCACACGACUGUCAACAAGAUAAAAUUUUCAAACCAGGUCGCGUUUUUGCAUAAGUACCAGAGAAAAAACGGAGUGAUCCAGUUUUGUUAUGCAAGAACUGCGCCAAGCUAGAUCAGGCUCAGCCCACUAUUGAGUAGAUCAACACGCAGUAGAAAAUACAGUGCUAAACUCACUUUUUCGUAGGAUAAGACCAGCUGAAAGAAAAGGACCCUCUCAUGUAUCACGACGGAAUGUAUGAAUUGCAAAUAUGUCUGGGUCUGGAAGAUUUUGAGACUUGUGAUGCACGUUUUGCAUGAGCCAUGAUGUCUGUGAUGCAUGCCCUAGCGUCACAGAUGUUUUGAGGGCAUCUUGAUGCCUAUUCCGCAUGACAAGUGCCCUCUUCGCGUAGCAAAAAUUGCAUUCCCUUUGCUGCUCAUGCAAUACAGAUUUUUUUGGACUCCAAACGCAGCAUCACAAGUUGCAUUUUUCCAGACCCAGACAUUUUUGGAUUUGAUAGAAUGAUUGGCGGGGCUAUUUUAUCCGACGACGAGGACCAAUCGACGCUCCAGGAAGAAGAUUACGGCAAUGCCUCAACUUACACGGAAAGAAGUUGGAACAGAUAGACGAGGCGUGAAAUAUUUCUAUUUCUGGAUUUUCAUACAUAGUUUUAGUUUUUGCUGUUACACUUACACUACUGAUUCUGAACCCGAAGGAGCAAAAGGAGUUGUCCAUCGUGCUACUCAGCCUCGGGGAGGGAAUCAAUGUUUUUUGGUGAAAAAUACUUAAAUUCGAUCUAAACAUUCAUGGAUAGCACCGACCUGGUGUAACUAAUAAUUUUGGCGACAACAAACAAGUAGGACGUGGUGCAGAUCAGCACUUGACGCAGGAUUUGGAUCUUUCAGGAAAGCGAA